GAUUAGCACUAUAAAUAUACAUGCUACAUUGUAUUAAUCUUAAACACGCCAAGCAAUAUAUUUAAUCAUCUUCCAACGAUCCAGCACUUGGAAACACAAUGUCUUUCUCAAGAAUUAGCUUCUUCUUCAUUCUUUUAAGCUUAGCUGUAAUCUUCCAAAUGGUUCUUGGAACUAACCCUCUAAUGCAUUAUUGUUCAAGCAAUGAUAACUUCACUUCCCAUGGCCCAUACGAAAGAAGUUUGACAAAACUCAUGGGUAAUUUCUACUAUCUAGCUCCACCCAAUGGAUUUGCUCUUGGUUCUCUGGGCCAGAAUAGCCAAGAACGGCCAUAUGGACUCACUCUUUGCAGAGGAGAUGUCUCAGCCUCAGAUUGCAGAACUUGUUUAGCAGAAGCAAGAAGUGAGAUCCAAAAGCUCUGCCCAAACAAGAAAGAAGGAAUUAUAUGGUACGAUAAUUGUGUUUUGAAGUACUCGAACAAGGAUUUCUUUGGCCAAAUAGACAACCAAAACAAGUUCUACCUAUUGAACGUGCAAAAUGUAAGUGAUCCAAUGACGUUUAAUCUGAAGACGAAGGAGCUGUUAAGCCAACUAGCACAAAAUGCUUCCACUACCCCAAGGAUGUAUGCAGCUGGAGAGUUGAAACUUGAUGAUCAGGGAUCAAAGAAAGUUUAUGGGUUGGCUCAAUGCACAAGGGAUCUCUCCAGUGUUGAUUGUAAGAAGUGUCUUGAUGGUGCCAUAGGUGAACUCCCAAGUUGUUGUGAUGGGAAACAAGGAGGUAGGGUUGUUGGUGGUAGUUGCACCAUUAUGUACGAAAUCUACCCAUUUGUUAAUGCUUAAAAUCUAUUUAUUUAUUUAUGCUAUUCUUUUGGGAAUCGUGGAUCAUUUACCUUAUAAAUUUGUGAGGAUUU